UACUAUACUAUAUACCCUCCUCCUGUUUGGUCAAUGAUCCAACACUACUAAGCUCUCCAAACCCUUUUCAAUCUUUGCUCGAUAUCUCUCACAACACUCCCUUAAUUCCAUUACAAUGAUCAUGGAACCAAACUCAACAUCAGAUCACACUCUGGACUGGUUUGAAGGUCCUGUUUCUUUUUUUCCACUUCCACCAUUCUUGGAUGAUCCAUAUAACUCCAGUGACAUCCAAGAGUAUCAGUUGUGGGAUGAAGACAUAACCAGCCACUACCAAACUGAUGCCAACACCAAUUCCCCUAAUGCCACCAACAUUGAUACUAGCACACCCCUUGAGCCUUGUGGCUCCAACAACCUACCACUUUCUGACUUGGCCAAGAAAAGAAGUGCCACUGAUGAGUCAAGUCUCAAACCAUCACAAAGCCACAAGCAUAAGAAAAUCAAGAGCCGUCCAAUGAAUAAUGAAGCAGAAAAUGGAGAAGCAGUUAGAAAAUCUGGUGGCAACAAGAAAGGUGGAGCAAAGGGUGUAGGAAACAACUGCAACAACAAGGAAGGUCGGUGGGCUGAACAGUUGCUUAACCCUUGUGCUGCAGCCAUAACUGGUGGAAACGUGAACCGUGUUCAACACCUCUUGUAUGUCCUCCAUGAGCUAGCAUCACCUACUGGUGAUGCUAACCACAGGCUCGCAGCACAUGGCCUUAAAGCACUGACACAACAUCUAUCAUCUUCUACUACAUCUGUUACCACUUCAGGGUCCAUAACUUUUGCAUCAACUGAGCCUAGGUUCUUCCAAAAGUCACUACUCAAGUUCUAUGAGGUUAGCCCGUGGUUUUCCUUUCCUAACAACAUAGCAAAUGCUUCCAUCCUUCAAGUUCUUGGUGAAGACCCAAAUAACUCACGCACCCUUCACAUCCUUGAAAUUGGAGUAUCUCAUGGCAUGCAAUGGCCAACGCUUCUAGAGGCCUUGAGUCGCAGACCUGGUGGACCUCCUCCACUGGUUCGCCUCACUGUGGUCACUGCUUCCUCCACUGAAAAUAAUGAUCAAAAUUACAUUGACACACCAUUUUCUAUUGGUCCUCCUGGUGAUAACUUCUCUUCUAGCCUACUUGGUUUUGCUCAGUUCAUGAACGUUAACUUGCAGAUAAACAGGCUUGAUAAUUGUUCAUUACAGACACUGAAUGCUCAAAGUGUUGACACCUCCCCGGAUGAGAUCUUUGUUGUGUGUGCACAGUUUAGAUUGCAUCAGUUAAAUCACCACACUCCUGAUGAGAGGAGUGAGUUUCUGAAAGUGUUGAGGAACAUGGAGCCCAAAGGGGUGAUACUAAGUGACAACAACAUGGAAUGUUGUUGCAAUUGUUGUGGGGAUUUUGCCACUGGAUUCUCUCGGAGAGUCGAGUACUUGUGGAGAUUUUUGGACUCAACAAGUGCGGCGUUCAAGGGUCGUGAGAGUGAUGAAAGGAGGGUGAUGGAAGGUGAGGCUGCGAAGGCUUUGACAAACCUUCGUGCGAUGAAUGAAGGGAAGGAAAAAUGGUGCGCGAGAAUGAAGGAAGUGGGGUUCGUUGGGGAAGUAUUUGGAGAGGAUGCAAUAGAUGGCGGAAGAGCUUUGUUGAGGAAGUAUGAUAAUAAUUGGGAGAUGAAAGUGGAAGAUGAGAAUGCUAGUGUGGGACUAUGGUGGAAAGGUCAACCUGUUUCUUUCUGUACUUUGUGGAAGCUUGAUGGGAAUGAUCAGAGUUCAACAUUCACAUCAUGAUGAACCAUAACUUGGAGUACAAUGUAAGUUUUAGUGAGGGAGGGGUUGUCCAUUGAAGGUUAACAGUAAACAAGUUUGAGAGGGGAAAGGUAGCGUAGGUAUUCAAAGUUCUUAAAACUUUUUCACUGCCAAAUUUCUCCUCCAUGUCAAAUUCUUGAUUAUAGAACUUUUUGUAACAUAAAGAGCGAUGCAAAUUAUUUCGUCUGUUGUGUGCUUUGAAAUGAUUGGUAACUGUUAAGAAGAUAGUGCUGUUUCAGAGUUUAGCAUCUCUUAUACUUCAGUUACACGUCUUAAGUUAGAUCUUGAUCAUUAGCAACACACAUUGCACUUGGAGCAUAUCAAUUUGCACACUUUUAUAUGAACUUGAAAAGGCAGAUCUUGAACCUUCUCUUCAGGCAGAACUAAACAUGUGUCUUCAACCGCAAAAGAUAAAAGUUAAG